AUGUCCUAUUUUAUGAGAAGCUAUGAUGUUGGACAUUUUGCUACACAUUUGGAGCACCUUUGUCAGCUCAACAUCGCCGACAAACCCGGCAAGCACCGCAAAACGGCCAUCAUUUGUACUGUAGGACCAGCUUGUAAUAAUGUUGAAAUGUUGCGCGAAAUGAUUGAUCAAGGCAUGAACAUUGCUAGAUUGAACUUCAGUCAUGGAUCUCACGAGGAGCACGCCAAGACCAUUGCAAUGAUCCGUGAAGCUGCGAAAGAUCACAUAGAUCCCGUUGCGAUUGCUCUCGACACAAAAGGUCCGGAAAUCCGAACGGGCAUGCUACAUGGGGGCAAAGAGGUGAUUCUGAACCAAGGUGACACCAUUUAUCUAUCGACAGAUCCGAGGCUGAAGGAUAGCAGUACCGCCACAACACUUUAUGUUGACUACCAGAAUCUACCUAAAGUUGUUCAAGUGGGUGGCCGCAUUUUCAUCGACGACGGCUUGAUAUCCCUCGCUAUCAAAGAAGUCGGCACGGAUUCAGUGAUGUGUGAGAUUGAAAACGGCGGAGUGCUAGGAAAUCGGAAGGGAGUGAACCUUCCCGGAACCACUGUUGAUCUUCCUGCUGUAACCGAAAAGGACAAAGCAGACUUGCUGUUCGGCGUUGAACAAAACGUCGAUAUAAUUUUUGCCUCGUUUAUUCGAAACGCUGAAGGAGUCCGUGAAAUUCGACGAGUUCUUGGUGAAGCGUAA